GGUGAAGGAGGAGGAGCAGAAAGAGAAGAAGAGGAGAAGAAGAGGAGCUACUGGUAUGUGGCAGAGCUUCCCCCCUUUUCCUCCUCCUCUCUGUUGGGAAGAAAAGUAAAGUCCUGUUUAUGUCGGAGACAGAAGUGUAGAGAUGGAGGGAGAAAAGGAGAAGCAGAGGCAGCAGCGGGGGGAGGAGAAGGAGAGCAACGAGGCGGAGGACGACGACGUGAAGGAAGAGGCCGACGGCUACGACACCGACGACCUGGGAUAUCCCAUCAUGCACUGGGAGGCGCUGAGUCUGCGCAUCGCCGAGCUGGAGAAGCAGGAGGAGGAGGAGAAGCGGAAGAAGGCAAAGAGUGGGUUUUCUCUGGAGCGACGCGUGGCCCCGCUGAGCUGGACGGAGGAAAGAGGGAGGAGGGCCGACUCCUGGGAGGACAACGACGAUGCCGGCAACAGCCACGUGUUGUCGCUCACCUCCCGGUUGCAGACGCAGACGAAUCUCCAGCUCUGCUUCAUCAACAACAGUGAGAGUGAGGAAGAGGAGGAGGAGGAGGACCGUGGACAGACUGGAAAGACGAAGAGAGGGACCACUCAGAGUCUUCAGCCUCCGGCCAAACCUGAGAAACCAAAGUCAAGAGGCUUCGGAAACACUCUGAGGAGCCUACGAGACAGACUGAGGAGAGACAACAAAGCCCUGGUCAGACCCAUGUUACAUCACGACAUACUGAGGGAGGACAGGACCACGGUCUGCAGAGAUCCUGCCGUCCACAGGAAGAACUGGGAGCUCAGCGAUUUGCACAACUCCAGCAUCAAGGACUUGAACGUUCUCUGCGCGUCUCUCAACAAGGCGAUACAAGACUUGAGCUCAGAGCUGGUGGCCUGCCUCAAGAUCCGAGACCAGCUGAGGACUAAGCAGGACGCCAUGCUGCUGGAGGUCCAAGACCUGACGUCCCUGUGAACCCGGCGUGGUGGAGCAGUGGGUGGGACCGGUCACGUCCCUCUCAAAACACUUGAACUUGAAAGAAACUGUGGCUCUGGGAGAAACAUUUCAGCCGGUCCCAGCGGACAAUCGCAUCGAUGGAAGGACUGAAAGGUGGUGGUGUAUUUCUUCUUUUUGUUUUUGUUUUGAUUAUCGUCUUGUGUUGUAGAUUCACAAGGGAAAAUGUGUCCAGUGCGGUGAUGGGAGGUGAGUCACGAACACGAACUCAAGGGAAGGGCUUCAAUGCACCAGCGGGUUCUGUUUCGUAUCUCAUUAUUUCAGCAUUAUCUGCGCACAUAUAGUUAUGGUACAUAUUUGAACCCAUAGCGGGUUCAGAGAGAUGAUUCGUUCAACACAAAUUAAGAGUAACGUCGGCUCAGUUCUUAUUCAAAUGAUUAAUGGAGGCUGUUAAACAAAACCUCUUGAUGAUUUCCUGGUUUUUAGAUGUUUCAUUUGUGGUAUUCAGUCACAGAAAGUAUAAAUCAAAGAACAAGCAUGAACCCGUCGCAGAAGCACCGGCUGCCUCAUUUUGUGCUUUUAUCGUUAUUUUUGUGCAGAUUAAUAUCAUAUCUUUUUAUAUUUGUGAAAGACAGAACCCAGUUAGUAAGAGAUUGUGCAAUCCUAGGUGGGGCUCAGCUCCUCGUGAUUUUAAUGAAUCAAAAUGACUGGAAUCAUAGAGAAAUGACGUGUGUGGUGGUGAUGAUGGAGUUAUUUUAGAAAUAUUCUCCCGCCAAUUUACUCAGUUCAGAUUAGAGGAUUAGUACCAGCGACAUUUAGUUUGCAGUCAUGUGAGACUGGUUCCGGUUAAAGCUGGUCUCACAGAGGUGUCGAGGUUCGGACGGCAAAUAUCAGGGGCGUCCAUAUUGGUAAAGUGGAUUUGGGCUUCAGCCAAACCUGAUCUUUCAUAGUUAUUAGUUAAGAUGUGGCUUAAACCAAAACCACGUCCACGUGUUUUAAGACGGUUUGUUCUGUCUGUGCUGUGUGUGGACACGUCUGCUCUGGGGAAGAAGCUGAAUGUGGACAAGGAAGUCGUCAGAAAUGCGUAACUUGAGCCAUGUGGAUGUUUGGUGACUGAACGUUUCAAAGAAGCGUUUCCGGAGAGGUUCAGGGAGUUUACGGCAGCGUUGGGUGACCAGAACGUUUCUGGAGCUUAUUGGGCUGAAUCCAGUCGACUCCAGGAGAAGAUAAAGGAAGACUUUAGGAAGCUACAGGGGAGGAACUUUAGGACGUUUAAGAUCAGCGCAGAAGUUCACACCGAGCGCCGGUAUCUUUUUUUAUCGUUGUAUGAAUUUUUUCGUGGCGUGGUGAAGAUGGAAAGGUUUGAUAUGUUUACAAAGACGCGGAAGAACUUCAGGGUUCCUACACAUCUGAAAUCUCAAAAUUCUUUACUUUUUCCAGACUCCAAUAUUCAGACCUCUCAGGAAAAAAAUUCUACUUUUAACAAGUAACUAGAUUAAGUCGAAUACAACAGUAAAUUAAACAAAUUGUAAAUCGGGUGAGUCAGUCGUCUGAGAAAUUACAGCAAUGAUAAAGAAUUUUUUUUAAAAAAAAACAAAAAAACUGAUUAAUUUUUUGUUUUUUUUAUUUAUGAUUUUAUGUUUUUGAAAAUUGGACAGUGUUAACAGUGUUGGAAAGAUGAAUUUUUUUUCCACGCACUAAUUUUCAUGGACGUGGAAAUGUAUAAAAUCUAAUUCUAUACUUUCCAUACUUGCGUAGGAACCCUGGUCCUUCAGAUUCUGUGUCAGAUGUUGGGUUUUUUUGUAUUUUUUUUUGGUCGACCCAAAAAAAAAAAACAUUUUUUUGCCAGUGUUGUUGGGCUACACGCUAACACGGGUCCAUGCAAACCUGUUUUACUACUAGUGUGAGAUUAUUCUACAAUAUUUACUAAUCAUCACAGUAAAAUAGUUCAUCUACUGCGUCUCAACCAGUGGGAAACGUUAUGAAAACCUCAUUAUGCAUAAAAAAAACUAAAUACUGUGAUAUACAUUUACCGCUCAGCCUUAAGAUCAGAUUGGGACUCUGAUCAAACGACUAUGAAUAUUAAAAGAUUAGCACCAGAUCUGAACUAAACUAAAUGUAACUGGAACUUAGACACACAAAGGUCUUACACAGGUUUGCUGGACUAAAUCCAGUCGACUGUUACGAGGAGACGAGGAGACGUUUAGGACGUUUAGGAUCAGGCUGAGACUCUGAUUAGUUAUCGGACUGGGAGACAAAAAAAAUGACAUUUGUACUGUUGUUGUUUUCAUUCCACCGUACACACUGCCGACUUUUACUGCUAACGCUAACGCAUCACCACCACCAUCCUCAUACAAAUCAGUCGGAGCUGCAGAGCUUUUAAAUUCAGCUUAGUUUUUUUUUUGGGAGCUUUUUUUUGUAUUUUUAUUUUAACAAAUACAAUUCAGAAAGAAUGUUUACUUGUUUUUUUGUUUAAUUCAGUAGCAUGUAAUGUUUUUAGUUUUGUUUUUUUUUUUACUACGUUUUCAUAAAGUAAAUCACUACAUCGUCGUUUUGCAAUAAAGUUAUACUUUGUUAAUA